ACCUUUUCCGGAGAAAACACUCCGAUGUUGGACAUGAGACAGUAAUUUCCUCGUAAAUAAGCUUUUCAUCAAAUGGGUACUCUGCAGUAUGUGGGUGUGACCUUGUCAUGUCCCAAGCGACUGAAACUAAAGGCCUUUGCAUCAAGGGCAAGAUGCUCCGCUGAAGUUGGGGUUUCGCGGCGACAAUUACUCCAGCAAUUAGACAAGGAACUUGCAAAUGGGGAUGAUAGAGCUGCACUCGCACUUGUCAAGGAUUUGCAGGGCAAGCCUGGUGGGCUUCGAUGUUUCGGUGCAGCAAGGCAGGUGCCUCAAAGACUUUACACCUUGGAUGAAUUGAGGUUGAAUGGAAUAGAAGCACCGUCUCUAUUAUCACCGGUGGAUGCAACUCUUGGUUCUAUAGAAAGAAAUCUACAGAUUGCUGCUAUUUUGGGAGGGCUUGCUGCAUGGAAUGCCAUUGGACUUACCCCGCAAGAAGUCUUCUAUGCUGCGCUGGGUUUGCUAUUUCUUUGGACCCUAGACUCGGUCUCUUUCUACGGAGGACUUGGAAACUUGCUUCUUGAUACAGUUGGUCACACCUUCAGUCAGAAGUACCACAACAGGGUCAUUCAACAUGAAGCCGGUCAUUUCUUAAUCGCCUAUCUGGUAGGAAUUCUUCCCAAGGGAUAUACACUUACUAGCUUGGAUGCUCUGAAGAAGGAGGGAUCUCUCAAUGUUCAAGCAGGGACUGCCUUUGUGGAUUUGGAGUUUGUUGAAGAAGUUAAUACGGGAAAAGUAUCUGCUACUACAUUAAACAGAUUUUCAUGUAUAGCCCUGGCUGGUGUUGCAACCGAGUAUCUUAUAUAUGGAAUCGCUGAAGGAGGUCUGGAUGACAUAAGAAAGUUGGAUUCAUUGCUUAAAAGUCUGGGCUUCACACAGAAGAAAGCAGAUUCUGAAGUCAGAUGGUCUGUCCUAAAUACGGUCCUGCUCUUGCGUCGACAUGAAGGAGCUCGUGCUAAGCUUGCUGAGGCCAUGUCCUCGGGAAAAUCUGUAGGGUCCUGCAUUGAAGUCAUAGAGAAUUCCAUUGAUGUCUCAGAUAUGUGAUUGAAAUUGUGUCUGUAUGUAGUUGCAGCUGAAGGCAAUUUCAUUCAAUUCAGUUACUUCUGUUGCAAGGUCUUAUGUAUGGAUGGAUCGCUCAGGGGGGAGGGUAGGCGAUCGGAUAGGCACAACACAAUAGUGAAUAGAUAGCAGACUACAUAAAAUAGUUUCCAUUUUGCAUACUCAACCAGAAAUGUAGAUUUUCCUUUUUUUGGAAUAAAAAGCUUACAAGAUUUGAAGGAACAAGUUAAAA